AUGCCACGGAGAGGGCUCGGGAUUGUCUCCGGCAGCCUUUGGCUCGCCACUGCACUCGGCUCCUCUCAAUGCGUGUCGGGCACCCCCCACGACAGCACGCCGACGGCAAGCUUUGACGCCCGUCUGGUGGACCUGCUGCCACGCGUCGCGCCGCCGGCCAAGCCCAGCCUCUCGGCGGUCCAGUUGGUCGAGCUGGCGGGGCCGGCGAAGAUUUCGGGGACGGCCUACCUAGGCCUUUAA